AUGCCUGGCAUUGAUCCCCAGAUCAUCUGCCAUUGCCUACACGUCAACCCAGCCAUCAAGUCUGUAGCGCAGAAGAGACGCAACUUCACCCCCGAGUGGGUCGCCAUCAUUGAAGUCGAGAUCGACAAGCUUCUCGCUGCUUGUUUCAUUGAAGAAGUCUCAUACGCAGAAUGGCUGGCGAACGUUGUUCUAGUAGCAAAGAAAGAUAAAGGCAUGUGGAGAGUGUGCGUCGACUAUACUGACCUCAACAAGGCAUGUCCUAAAGAUAACUUUCCACUGCUGAGAAUUGACCAGCUCGUCGAUUCAACUUCCGGCAAACAACUGCUAAGCUUCAUGGACGCCUACUCCAGCUACAACCAGAUCAUGACGCAUGAAGACGACAAGGCAAAGACCUCUUUCAUCAUCGAAAGAGGUACCUACUGCUACAAGGUCAUGCCCUUUGGGCUGAAGAAUGCUUGGGCAACCUACCAAAGGCUGGUGAACAAAAUUUUCAAGGAGUAA